AUGGAAACAUAAUCAUUUUCCCCUAUGUUAGAUAGAGUAAUGGCUUAAGAAAUCUAAUCAGUUAGUUGGAGUAAAACAAUGGAUGUUUGUGCUAUCCUAUACACUAACAAUCAAUUAGAAAUAUGUAGAGUUAGUGAAUAAUUGCAAAGGAUGUUCAUAAUACAAGAAGAUGAUUGCAUAACAAAUAUUAUUGUUGAAAGUAAUUUAAACUACUUUAAUUAGGUACAUUCCUGGCUUAUAAUGUUGGAAAUAAAUUGUAUUUUUAUCAUUUGGCUUCUCAUUAAAAAAUCAUCCAGUCUACUUUAAUUAAGAGUUCUGAUAAAAUAGAGUAAAUGUUGCUUGUAUCAGUGAAUGCUAAAAUCAUUUAAGAACAAGAAUUAUAAGCAGCUAUUAUUCCAUUAUCCACUACAAACUUGUAUUUAAUUAUAUUAUUAAAUAAUAGGAAAAAUUGGCAAAAUCUCUGCUUUCUAAAACAGUAAUAAAUUAAUAAUCUUAUAUUCUCCCUAACGAAUAGAUAAAUAACUUAUAAUUUUAAUGGAAUUCUACAUUUAGGAGAAAUUGAACAUAAAACCAUAACUUAAUUAUUUCAAUUAGAAAAUGAGUUACAUUGCUUUUCUAAUUAACUUGUUGAAAUUUAUGAUAUUAGCUUAUUCAAGCAUCAAUAAAUCUUAGUAAAAAAUAUAUAUAUUAUCUCUAGAAAUACAUUUAAUAAUUGAGCUAUUUAAAUGAAUUACUCUGCUUUUUGAAAACCUCGAUAUUAUUAAUUAAUUCUUAAUUAUAAGAUAUCUUUAAAUGCUAUCAAUUAAAUAUCAUUGGACCUUUAUUAGCUUUUGGUCCUUAAGAAACAAUUAAUUUUCAUAUUUUAUAAUUCUAUUAAAAAGGACAUUGCCCUUAAGAACUUGUUUCAUUCUUUCAAAAAGAACUUUAUAAUACAAAAAUUUUAUAAAAAAUGGAUGAUGUAAUAUAAUAUUAAUAUAAUUUAAGAAUAUCACUAAUAGCUUUAAUAAUAUUCAAGAAAUAAUGUAAGAUUCAUUGAUGAAUGUCUUAUCUAGGAUUUUAAUUAUUCUAAAUUUUUUUAUUUAAUCAAAAAAUAUGUAAGAAUUUAAUUGAUAAUUAAUACUAGGCCAUUUUAUUAAGGAUUACACAAAACUCCUUUUGAAGAUCUUCAAUAAACAAUUCAGAAAAUAUAAAAAGUGUUUAGUAGAUUUUAAAUAGAAUGUCAUUAGACUAAAUUACAUCUAAGAAACUUUUUUGUUUGGUUAAAUUUAUGUGCAAUCAAGGCUGGAAAUGAAUAAGAAGUAGAAUGUGAAAAUGUUAAUUCACCUCUCAAUAAAAUUGAAGUAGAUUUAUCAAAAUUAUUUGAUUUUUUAAAAGAUAAUCAUUUGUUUUAAUUAAGAAAUUUAUAAUGUUUCUACUAAGAAAAAAUAGGUAAGAUAUUAAUUUUAUUUAAAAAUAGCCCCAAAAUCAUUUUUUACAAAAGUUGUUAUGUAGAAAGAUGUUGAGUUUAAAUAAUCAGACAAUAUUACUAAGAUUUUAAAAAAUGUUUUUAAGGAUAAUUAUUAGGAAAUAUAAGAAAAAUAAAAUAAAAUUGAAUAAGAAGAAUCUUUUGUAACUGUCAACUCUUUAGUUCGACAAUUAUAAAAUUAUUUAGAUAAAAUUUCAAUUAAUUUGAAACCUCAACUUUUACACACAAUAAAAAUUGAUCUCUCUAAUUCAAAAAUUAGAUUUUCUGAACAAUCAGAAAAUUCAUAUAUGGUAUCUGUUUUAGUAAAUAAUACAAUCUUUUAAUAUACAUAUUAAUAAAAAAGCUUCUUUUAAUCAAGUAAAAUUUAAUUAAACAAUAAAUAUAUAAAGGAGCUUCAAUACUUUGAAGGAAAACUAAUAAUUUUGAGCACAAAUUAAUUAGAAAAUUAACAUUAAUAAUAAUUGACAGCAUAUAUUUCUUCAGAAGAUUUGGAGACUUAAAAUAAAUUUGAAUGUCAUUCAAUAAAAGACUUAUAAGUAAGUAAGAAAGGACUAAUAUCAAUAAUCAUAGAUUCUAAAAAAUUAAUAAUUCUUUCCAUUUGA